UUUACUCUACUAGUCUACUCUCUACUGGCCAGUUCACUCAGUCCACAAGUCUAUUGCUGUCGUCGUGUACUCGUGUAUUUGUGUUAUUCGACUCUAUGUCUCUAUCUAAAUCUUGUUUGACGUGUGUGGUGUGUACAACGUGCUGAAUCUAAAUAUUGUUACACUCGCGUUACUUGAUACUCAUUGAACGCAACGUUGUAUUCCGCUAUAGUUUUGGAAAUUUUUCUAUCUACUGUUGUUUAUUGACUUCGUGAUCAAUGUUAGGUUUCAAGUCUACGUAUUAUAUUUGUGCAGAUAUUAUAAUGUUAAACUCACAAAUUUAUCAAUAUUUAUAAUAGUAUUUAAUUUAAAAUGGCGGAUAAAAUUUCCAAUGAGAUUGUUAUACCAAAAUAUGAAGCUCGAUAUGAAGUAAUUGAUACAGAGUUAAAUACUGGCAAAAAUAGAAAAAGAGAACUAUCAAUAUCAGAGUCUGAAUAUGAGUACAAUGAUCAAACUGAUUGUGAAACAUCUACAAAUAAAAGAUCUCUUUACAAGUCAAAUGCUCUAUGCAAAAGAACCUCUGAACAAUCCUUAAGUGAUGUGAUCCAGAAACUAACUCAGCAGAUUGAACACAUUGAAAACAAUUUUGCAAAAUGUCAGAAUGUCACAAAAAAUACUAAAGUGAAUGAUAUUAGCUGUGAUGAUGAACUUAUAUAUGAGCCACCCAACAAAAUAAUUAAAUAUGAUAAUGAUAUAAUAAGUGCAGACUAUCGUAAUUCAGAUGAAAACAGUAUUGGGGCCACCAACAAAAUUAACACAACAAAACAUGUCAAUAAAAAAAUUAAAUUAGACAAAACUAUAUUUUUUCAAAAAGAUGUCAAUGAUUCUGAAAGAGAUUCUAAAAGUCUUACUAAUGAAGAAGUGGAAAUGUUGUUAGAUUUAUCAUACAAAAUUGACGAUGAAGACAACACUCACAUCAAAACUUACAAUUUCCAAACUAAUGAGGAAUGGUAUCAAGUAGGCCAUAAAUCUGUUAAUGAUUUUGAAAAAAUAUUAGAGCCAGUUGAUGAGUCUUCUAUGAAUUCUAAAAGUAUAACCACCCAUUCCAACAAAAAUCCAUUAGAUGAGUUACAAAGAACGGCAUCUGAAAUAUAUGAAUACAAUAAUAAUACCAUUAUUGAUCAAGAAGAUUUUUUUGAUUUGACUAAAUGUGAUAAUGAUGAAAUUCUUUUGGAUCAUGAGAAUUGUACAAGUUCUACUAACGAGGGCAUAAAUUGUACGACGCCUUUUGACACCUUACAUUUUGAGAUACCAACAGAUAGUGAACAAACAACUCAAUAUUCUGGAGCCAGCAUAAAUGAAAUUGAUAUUGAAAGCAUGAUUACCCAAGAAAGAAAAUCAUGCGAGUCAGCUAUAAACGUAGAUGAUCAAGAGACUGUGUGUGGAACUCUGAACGAUCAAGAAGGAAAUAGUUUUGAACCAUCAGACGCAGUAGAUGAUUCGCAUGAUGUCAACAUUCUCGAAGCAGUCCAUCCAAAAAUCAUGUCACAAAGCAAUGAUUGUUCGGAAAGUAGCAUGAACCAAAGUGAUGUAUUUGUGAAUGUUGGUGAGAUUCUUGUGUCUGAAAUGUGUGAUGAUAACGUUGAUAAUAGUAUUGAUCAAGAUGAUUUUUCGGAUAUGACUAAAUGUGAUAAUGAUGAAAUUCUUUUGGAUCAUGAGAAUUGUACAAGUGUAACUAACGAGGGCAUAAAUUGUACGACGCCUUUUGACACCGUACAUUUUGAGAUACCAACAGAUAGUGAACAAACAACUCAAUAUUCUGGAGCCAGCAUAAAUGAAAUUGAUAUUGAAAGCAUGAUUACCCAAGAAAGAAAAUCAUGCGAGUCAGCUAUAAACGUAGAUGAUCAAGAGACUGUAUGUGGAACUCUGAACGAUCAAGAAGGAAAUAGUUUUGAACCAUCGGACGCAGUAGGUGAUUCGCAUGAUGUCAACAUUCUAGAAGCGUUCCAUUCAAAAGUUAUUGAUUGUGAGAAUAAUUUUAAUCAAAAGGAUUUGUUGGAUAUCAAUGAAUAUGUAAAUGAAGAAAUUAUGUUAGAAACUGAAAAUGUCACAUGUAAAUCGAAUCUGGAACAAAAGAAUAAAGGUACUUUAAAAAUACUAACCAUCGAAGAAGAGGAAACGCUUACAAAACUGGUUAACAAUGAUGAAGAUGAAUUGGGAAUAGUAACCAAUUGUACAGACAAAACGACUGUAUCCAAAACUUGUGAAAGAUAUUUUACUAAUGAUGAAGUAUUUGUAAUGCCAGUGGAAGUAACUGAUGGUGUAAAUUAUAACAGUUUAUCACCUAAUUGUUGUUGUAGUAUGGACGAUACAGCAGUAGACAACUUUGAAGUUUCAAUUAAUGAAAGAAAUUCUCAAAGUUCAGUUACCGAUGAUCAAUUUAUAUCCAAUACAUUUUAUUUUGGAAGUGAAAACUGUCGUGACGUUUCUGUCCAUACUAUUCACUCUUUGGAUGCUUAUGAGAUGAAUAAUAGUUUAAGAAAUAAUACCACAGUCCACUCAAUGGAAAACAAUGACAGUUUAGUUUCUUUGAACAAGGAAAUUGAAAACUCUAUAGUAGAGUUUUAUUGUAAUAGUGACAAUAAAACACUCUCGGGGAUCAAGAAUAAAAGUUAUAAUAAUGAAGAAGAAUCUGCUAAUGAAGAAGAAUCUGCUGGAGGAAUUAUGAAACAUACGAUCGAAGUUAUUGCGGUUUCAUUAGAAUCUUCAAAUAGUUAUCGUCAUAACCUUAUAAAUUUAUCCAAAUCUGUUAAUGAUUUUGAAAAAAUAUUAGAGCCAGUUGAUGAGUCUUCUAUGAAUUCUAAAAGUAUAACCACCUAUUCCAACAAAAAUCCAUUAGAUGAGUUACAAAGAACGGCAUCUGAAAUAUAUGAAUACAAUAAUAAUACCAUUAUUGAUCAAGAAGAUUUUUUUGAUUUGACUAAAUGUGAUAAUGAUGAAAUUCUUUUGGAUCAUGAGAAUUGUACAAGUUCUACUAACGAGGGCAUAAAUUGUACGACGCCUUUUGACACCUUACAUUUUGAGAUACCAACAGAUAGUGAACAAACAAUUCAAUAUUCUGGAGCCAGCAUAAAUGAAAUUGAUCAAGAAGGAAAUAGUUUUGAACCAUCAGACGCAGUAGAUGAUUCGCACGAUGUCAACAUUCUAGAAGCGUUCCAUCCAAAAGUCAUGUCACAAAGCAAUGAUUGUUCGGAAAGUAGCAUGAACCAAAGUGAUGUAUUUGUGAAUGUUGGUGAGAUUCUUGUGUCUGAAAUGUGUGAUGAUAACGUUGAUAAUAGUAUUGAUCAAGAUGAUUUAGAUGAUCAAGAGACUGUAUGUGAAAUUAUGAACGAUCAAGAAGGAAAUAUUUUUGAACCAUCAGAAGCAGUAGAUUAUUCGCAUGAUGUCAACAUUCUAGAAGCGUUCCAUCCAAAAAUUAUUGAUUGUGAGAAUAAUUUUAAUCAAAAGGAUUUGUUGGAUAUCAAUGAAUACGUAAAUGAAGAAAUUAUGUUAGAAAAUGAAAAUGUCACAUGUAAAUCGAAUCUGGAACAAAAGAAUAAAGGUACUUUUAAAAUACUAACCAUCGAAGAAGAAGAAACGAUUACAAAACUGAUUAAUAAUGAUGACGAGUUAGGAAUUGUAACAGAUUGUAUAGACAAAACAAUUGUGUCCCAAACUUGUGAAGAUUAUAUUAAUGAAAAUAUCUCUAAAAAGAGGAAAAAUCAAGAUGAUUUGUUGGUGGUAACUACGUGUGUAUCUGAUGAAAAUGUUAGUAUGGUUAAUGAAGGGAAAAGCAUGUCACAAAGCAAUGAUUGUUCUGAAAGUAGCUUGAACCAAAGUGAUGUAUUUGUGAAUAUUGGUGAUAUCCUUGUGUCUGAAAUGUGUGAUGAUAAUGUUGAUAAUAGUAUUGAUCAAGAUGAUUUUUUGGACAUGACUAAAUGUGAUAAUGAUGAAAUUCUUUUGGAUCAUGAAAAUUGUACAAGUGUAACUAACGAGGGGAUAAAUUGUACAACUGUAAUUGGAAGAAUGAUUGUCCAAGAAAAAAAAUCAUGCGAGUCAACUAUACACGUAGAUGAUCAAGAGACUGUAUGUGAAAUUAUGAACGAUCAAGAAGGAAAUAUUUUUGAACCAUCAGAAGCAGUAGAUUAUUCGCAUGAUGUCAACAUUCUAGAAGCGUUCCAUCCAAAAAUUAUUGAUUGUGAGAAUAAUUUUAAUCAAAAGGAUUUGUUGGAUAUCAAUGAAUACGUAAAUGAAGAAAUUAUGUUAGAAAAUGAAAAUGUCACAUGUAAAUCGAAUCUGGAACAAAAGAAUAAAGGUACUUUUAAAAUACUAACCAUCGAAGAAGAAGAAACGAUUACAAAACUGAUUAAUAAUGAUGACGAGUUAGGAAUUGUAACAGAUUGUAUAGACAAAACAAUUGUGUCCCAAACUUGUGAAGAUUAUAUUAAUGAAAAUAUCUCUAAAAAGAGGAAAAAUCAAGAUGAUUUGUUGGUGGUAACUACGUGUGUAUCUGAUGAAAAUGUUAGUAUGGUUAAUGAAGGGAAAAGCAUGUCACAAAGCAAUGAUUGUUCUGAAAGUAGCUUGAACCAAAGUGAUGUAUUUGUGAAUAUUGGUGAUAUCCUUGUGUCUGAAAUGUGUGAUGAUAAUGUUGAUAAUAGUAUUGAUCAAGAUGAUUUUUUGGACAUGACUAAAUGUGAUAAUGAUGAAAUUCUUUUGGAUCAUGAAAAUUGUACAAGUGUAACUAACGAGGGGAUAAAUUGUACAACGGAUUUUGGAAAAAUUAUUGUUCAAGAAGGAAAAUUAAACAAGGCAAUUAUACACGUAGAUGGUCGAGAACCUGUAUGUGCAACUCUGAAUAAUCAAGAAAGAAAUAAUUUAGAACCUUCAAACAUAGUAGAUGAUUCACAAGAUGUCAAUAUUCUAGAAGCUGUCCAUCUAAAAAUUGAUACACACAGUAAAAGUAUUUCUGACAGAAAAUUGAUUGAAUCAAGAAGUGACAAUGAAAAUAUUGUUUCUGAUCAUGACAAAACGAUGCCACAAAUAAUAAUUAACAAGGAUUUUUCUGAAAAUAGCAUGAACCAAAGUGAUGUAUUUGUGAAUGUUGGUGAAACACUUAUGCCUGAAAUGUGCAAUGCUAAUGUUGAUAAUAGUAUUGAUCAAGAAGAUGUUUUUGAUUUGACUAAAUGUGAUAAUGAUGAAAUUAUUUUGGAUCAUGAGAAUUGUACAAGUGUUACUAAAAAGGGCAUAAAUUGUACAACGCCUUUUAAUUACGUAAAUUCUGAGAUACAAACAGAUAGUAAACAGAAAAUUCAAUAUUCAGGAGACAGCAUACAUGAAACUGUAAUUGGAAGAAUGAUUGUCCAAGAAAAAAAAUCAUGCGAGUCAACUAUACACGUAGAUGAUCAAGAGACUGUAUGUGAAAUUAUGAACGAUCAAGAAGGAAAUAUUUUUGAACCAUCAGAAGCAGUAGAUUAUUCGCAUGAUGUCAACAUUCUAGAAGCGUUCCAUCCAAAAAUUAUUGAUUGUGAGAAUAAUUUUAAUCAAAAGGAUUUGUUGGAUAUCAAUGAAUACGUAAAUGAAGAAAUUAUGUUAGAAAAUGAAAAUGUCACAUGUAAAUCGAAUCUGGAACAAAAGAAUAAAGGUACUUUAAAAAUACUAACCAUCGAAGAAGAAGAAACGAUUACAAAACUGAUUAAUAAUGAUGAAGAGUUAGGAAUUGUAACAGAUUGUAUAGACAAAACAAUUGUGUCCCAAACUUGUGAAGAUUAUAUUAAUGAAAAUAUCUCUAAAAAGAGGAAAAAUAAAGAUGAUUUGUUGGUAGUAACUACGUGUGUAUCUGAUGAAAAUGCUAGUAUGGUUAAUGAAGGAAAAAGAAGUGUGUCAUUCAAUUCUAAUUAUGCAAGACAAAGUCUUGAGAGUUCUAAUGAUGAUUCUGAACACUUUGAUGAUUCCCUUUUGUUUAAGCCAUCAGACAGGGAUUUAGUUAGAUAUGGAAUAGAAUGUGAAGCGUAUGAGAAUUCAAUUUCUCAAUCUCUAAAUAAUUUAGAAAAUAAUGUCAGUAAUAAAGAAGUUAUUCCUCAAUGCAAUACUCCUAAAAGUAUCAAUAAUCUCGUGAGCUCUAGUUAUGUCAAAGAUUAUGAAGACAAUGUUAUUGAUUUUUAUGACUGUGAACUUAGUAGUAUUGAGAACUCAGAUGUUGAAGAUAAUCUACUGUUGUCUUUUGAAAAAGAUACUUCAAUUGAUUGCAUUUUUGAAAAAAACCAAAACAAAUUGAAAAAUGCAACCAAUUCUACAAAAAAUGAAAAAAAAUGUGACACUAAUUUAAAAAUUCCGAAUUUAGGUUCUCCUAAGAGUUCUAAUAAUUUGAUUAAUGUUGUUUCAUUAAUUCAUUCACCUAGUCAUGUUCAUCAAUACAAUGAGAUUAUAAGUACAAGUAUAUCUAAGACUGAAAUGCAAAUGAAUCCUGAUGCUGAUAAUAAGUUGGCAAGUGUAAACUCAAAUAAUACAAUUACUUCUUGCAAUGCAAUAUCCAGUUUCAACGACUCUGACGACAUUAAUAAUAUUCAAUCAAAUAAUUUGUGUAUAGAACAAGGUAAUUUUAAUGAGAACCAGAAUUUAGAAGAUUCAACUAAAAGUCAUGAUCAAAACAAUAAAAAUAAAUCAAUUUCCGGGUCUAAUACACAUCAGAAUAUAAAAAAGUCUCAAAAAUCAUAUGGAAAUAAUGAAACUGAGACUGAGUCAAGUAUGAAAAUUACUGGGAACUGCACAAUACCCAAAUCUAAUAUUGAGGAGAUACCUAAAAUGAAUACAGUUCAAUCUAGUAGUUCCGUUAUAGAUCAAAGUGAGAUUGACAAAAAAAAAUAUUUAGAUGAAAUUAUUAAGAAUGAACAAUUACUUAACAAAUUUGAUGAGAAAUUAGAUGUAAGUGAAUCGGCCAUCUCACCUUUUAUAUCUCAAUCUUUAGCAAAAUCUUCUAACCUUAAAAAUGCAUUGGCAAAAAAAGCAGCGGCUCAUAUAAAUAUUCAUGAUAUGGGCGAUAAAGCCUUGUCCACUUAUUUAACUCAACAAACUAUGACAUUAGACGUCUUAGAGGUUUUACAUAAGUCUUUAGAUACUUGUCCAUCAUCUGGUAUAUUGAUGGAAGAUCCAGAAGGCUUAGUUGUACCUCUCAUGCCACAUCAAAAACAUGCCAUCGCUUGGCUGAUUUGGAGAGAAAGUCAGGAGCCACACGGUGGUAUUUUAGCGGAUGACAUGGGUUUGGGUAAAACGCUAUCCAUGAUAUCAUUAAUUUUGAAGUCAAAAGAAAAACAACAAGACAGUUUACUACCAGUAGUAUCUAUUGACAAUGGAAGGAAUGAUGUUAUUAUUGGUGGAACGUUAGUCAUAUGUCCAGCGUCCUUGAUCAAUCAAUGGGAAACCGAGGUUAAAACUAAAUUGAAACCGGGACUAUUAAAAGUUGUCCAGUAUUACGGGAUGAAUAGAAGUUUUUCAGCUUUAGAGCUGGCAAAAAAUGACUUGGUUAUUACGUCCUACAAUAUAGUUAUGUGGGAUCAAAAAAAAAAACAGAAUACAAGUCCUUUAUAUAGAAUAAAGUGGGAUCGCAUUAUUUUGGACGAAGGCCAUAAUAUUAGAAAUCAUAAGACUCAAACUUCAGUUGCUGUAUGUAAUAUUAAAAGUUUAAAUCGAUGGGCUAUCACGGGAACUCCGAUCCAUAAUAAAGAGGCAGACUUUUUCACUUUGUUGAAAUUUGUGCGUUGCAAGCCGUUUGAUGAUUGGGCUGUUUGGAAAAGGUGGGUCGGCAAUAAUGACGAUGCAGGGAAACACAGGCUUUCCCUACUCGUAAAAACAUUAAUGUUAAGACGGACAAAAUCAGAGCUUACACAAUUUACAACAUUUAAUUUACCCAAAAAAGAAAUAAAUACAAUUGAAAUUGAAUUAUCAAAGGAAGAAAGAAACGCUUACGAGAAAUUACUUCAGUUCUCAAGUAAUCUUUUUGCAACAUACCUAUACGAUAAAGUCGCAAAAGAAAAAGUAUUUGACCCAGUACAAUGUAAAGUUCAAUAUUUUCAAGAACAAAAUCAAGAUAAAGACAAAGUUUUCAAAGAUCAUCCCGAAUUACUUAAAUUGUUCAGACAGUUCAAGGCCAUAGAUGAAAUACAAACAUACCAUAUAUUGGUAUUACUUUUAAGGCUAAGACAAAUAUGUUGCCAUCCGAUGUUAAUAAAAGGACCUAUUACAGAAGAAAGUAUUAAAAAUGAGGAUAAUAUGGAGAGUAUCCCAGAAGAUGACGCAGAUGUAUUUAAUAAUGAUUCAUAUAAUGAAAACACUGACAUUGAUACUUUUCCAAACAAUAUUGAUUUGUCAGAACUUAUGAGUUGCCUUACUUUGGAAGAUGAACCUGUUAAGAAAAAACCUGCGAUUGAAAGUAACAUUUUCCAAAAAUCUUGGAUUUCAACCAAGAUAAAAAAAAUUUGUGAUUUGGUAAAUCAAAAAGUAUUAAUUGACGGAAAUCAGGAAAAAGCAAUAAUAGUAUCUCAAUGGCCAAGUUUUCUUUAUUUAAUCCGUAAACAUUUGGCUCAUUACAAUGCUAAAAUGGAAAUGUUUUCGGGUUCUAUUCCAAUACCGAAAAGAAAUAAAAUCAUCCGUGAGUUCAAUCAACCUAACAGUGGGCCACAGAUUUUAUUACUGUCACUGAAAGCUGGCGGUGUCGGCCUUAAUUUGAUGGCCGCCAACCAUAUGUUUUUAGUAGACAUACAUUGGAACCCCCAAUUAGAGGCGCAAGCGUGUGACCGGGUUUAUCGAGUUGGCCAAACUAAACCUGUGUAUGUUUACAAAUUUAUAUGUUCCAAUACGAUUGAAACCCGGAUAAUGAACAUUCAAACAUAUAAACUACAAAUGGCCGAUAAUUUAUUCAAAGGUACCAGUAUCACAUCAAAAAUAACAAUAGAUGAUCUGAAACAGAUUUUUCAAUUCCAUUGAACACAUUCAACAAAUGUUUUCUUAAGAAAUUAUGUUAGAUUUUAUAUUUAUAUUUCUGAAAUGUAUUAUAGAUGUAUUAUAAAAAUCAUAUUAUAUAAUUUUUAUAUGAUUUUUUGGUUAUUUAUUAUACUUUUAUUUUUAGUAGCCCACUGUGUUAUUUAAUUAUUUAUAAAUAAUUAUAAGCCUAUUAUAUUUAUGUUUAAAUUUUAAGAAUCUUCAGAGAAUGAAUAAUAAGUUACAUAAAAAAUUCUAUUGUUUUUUUUUUGUUAAAAUAAAAAAAAUAAAAUCUUGUCGGAUUUAAUUAUUGUUAAAAUUUUUAUUACACCAUCUAUAUAAUAUCUAUAUCUAUCUAUGUAUUAUUAUAUAUAUAAAAAUGGAUCCUAUUUCCCUUGGUCGUGGCAUCACGUGUGAACGGCUGGACCAAUUUUGCUUUUUUAUA